AGCGCGUUUCAAUUGGUUUUCUAGGAGGAGACUGUGUUUCAGCUCCCACAAAGGCACCACUGUCUCCACACGCCCAGCCCCUGCGAUGCUCAUACCCGGCAAAGGGUUGAAUGUCUCCCCAGCUGGCCUUUCAUGACGGAAGAUCUUAAAGCAUGGUAGAAAAACCCAGCAACGGCGGCGUGUACCCAGGUCCAGCUGCGGAGAAAAAGCUGAAAGUCGGCUUUGUUGGGCUGGAUGCUGGAGCCGCCGACACGAGCAGAGAUGGGGCGCUGCUCAUCGCGGGGUCCGAAGCCAUCAAGCGGGGCAGCAUUCUGAGCAAGCCCAGGUCCAGCAUCUCAGUUGCGCGGAAACCUCCCAAAAGAAACGCAUUUUACCGAAAGCUGCAGAAUUUCCUUUACAAUGUGUUGGAGAGACCAAGGGGAUGGGCGUUUAUUUAUCACGCUUAUGUUUUCCUCCUGGUAUUUUCCUGCCUUGUUCUCUCUGUGUUCUCUACAAUAAAGGAGUAUGAGAAAAGUGCAGAAGAUGCCCUGUACAUCUUGGAAAUCGUGACCAUCGUGGUGUUCGGAGUGGAGUACUUUGUGAGGAUCUGGGCAGCCGGCUGCUGCUGCCGCUACCGAGGAUGGAGAGGACGGCUCAAAUUCGCCCGCAAGCCCUUCUGUGUCAUCGACAUCAUGGUGCUGAUCGCCUCCGUCUCGGUGCUGGCAGCGGGAACCCAGGGGAACGUCUUCGCCACCUCAGCCAUCCGCAGCUUGAGAUUUCUGCAGAUUUUACGGAUGAUCCGGAUGGACCGCCGUGGUGGUACAUGGAAGCUGCUGGGAUCGGUUAUCUACGCACACAGCAAGGAACUGAUCACUGCCUGGUACAUCGGCUUUCUCUGCCUCAUCCUGGCUUCCUUCCUUGUUUACUUGGCCGAGAAGGAGGAAAACAAGGAGUUUGAGACGUAUGCAGAUGCCCUGUGGUGGGGGCUUAUUACUCUGACUACUAUCGGCUAUGGUGAUAAGUACCCUAUAACGUGGAAUGGGCGAUUGCUUGCUGCCACCUUUACCUUGAUCGGAGUGUCUUUCUUUGCUCUUCCAGCAGGUAUCCUGGGCUCAGGCUUUGCCUUGAAGGUUCAGGAACAGCACAGGCAAAAACACUUUGAAAAGCGGCGGAACCCCGCAGCCGGACUUAUACAGGCCGCUUGGCGUUUUUACGCUACCAACUUGGCUCGGACGGACCUGCUGUCCACCUGGGAAUUCUACGAGCGCUGCGUCGCCAUCCCCAUGUACAGGCUCAUCCCUCCGCUGAAUCAGCUGGACCUUCUGCGCAAUCUGAAGAGCAAGUCUGGGCUUUCCUUCAGAAAGGAGCCCCAGGCUGACCCCUCUCCCAGUAAUGAGAAUUCAUGUGCAGAGAAACUUUGUGGCUGCUGCCCAGGAACAAAUAGCCAGAAAGUGAGCCUAAAGGAGAGGGUCUUCUCCAGUCCUCGAAGUUCGGCCAGCAAAGGGAAGAGCUCCCCCCAGGGGCCGGGAGUGCGCCGCUCCCCCAGCGCCGACCAAAGCGUCGAAGACAGUCCCGAUAAGGUGCCCAAGAGCUGGAGCUUCACGGACCGCAACCGAGCCCGGCAGGCCUUCCAGCUCAAGGGUAGCGGAUCCCGGCAGAACUCAGAAGUGCUGAUUGAGAUGCAGGAUGAAGAACUCAGAUUGAAGAGCUCUCCAGCAAUUGAGGGGUUAAUCAAGGCCAGCCUUCCUGGAGAGGACAUCAUGGAUGACAAUAAAAGCUGCCACUGUGAAUUUGUCACACAGGAGCUAACACCAGGGUUGAAAGUCACCAUAAGGGCUGUGUGCAUUAUGAGAUUCAUGGUCUCCAAGAGGAAGUUCAAGGAGAGUCUGAGGCCUUAUGACGUUAUGGACGUCAUAGAGCAAUAUUCAGCAGGCCACCUGGACAUGUUGUCGCGGAUUAAAAGCCUCCAGUCCAGGAUAGAUAUCAUUCUGGGUCCCCCUGCACCCUCAACUCCCAGCCAUAAGAAGUAUGCAACCAAGGGACCUAAAGAUUCAACCCUAUCCCCUAAUAGAGUUGACCAAAUAGUUGGCAGAGGUGGUCAAAUGACAGAUAAGGAUCGACCAAAAGGUGCCACGGAGGGCGAGGUAUCAGAGGACCCGAGCAUGAUGGGACGUCUGGGGAAGGUAGAGAAACAGGUGGUGUCCAUGGAGAGGAAGCUGGACUUCUUGGUAAACAUUUACAUCCAGAGAUUGGGUAUCCCCCAGUCGGAGACGGACGCUUAUUUUGGAUCUAAGGAGCCUGAUCCGGCUCCUCCGUACCACAGCCCUGUGGAUAGCAGGGAGCAGAUGGAGAAAAGCAACUCCAUCAACAAGAUCAUCCGCUCCAUAAGCACCACCGGGCAGAAGAAUUUUGACCCCCCUCCUACAUCUGUGGCCCCCCAGAGCCACUGUCCCCCGUCCACCUCCUGGCAGCAGCACCCGAUCAGUGAGUGCUAUCGGCUAAGCCUGAUCGCCUCCCCCAUAGGGGAUCCUUCCCUGGUGCGCAUCCCCCCCCCUCCCGUCCAUGAUCGCUCCUCCAGCAGCCACAGUGGGAUCGGCCGGUACGUGCCGGAGGACAGGAAUCAGGGCAUCAGGCUGAAGAAGAGCGACACGUCCAUCUCCAUUCCCUCCGUGGACCACGAGGAACUGGAGAGGUCUUUCAGUGGUUUCAGCAUCUCCCAGUCCCGGGAGAACCUGGACUUCAUCAGCAGCAGCUAUUUUGGCAGCAUGUGUGCCAAAGUGCGGCCCUACAUCGCAGAGGGCGAAUCGGACACCGACUCCGACCUCUGCACGCCGUGUGUCCACUCGCCGCUCUCGGGGCCUGGGGAGGGGGGUUACUCAGAUAGGGGGUGGUCCGGCACAAAGUAGGCCAAUGGCGGUGAACCAGCUCUGAAGCACGCUGGGUCGACCACUCCAGGAGGUGCUCGUUCGCCUGGAGAAUGAGGGGACACACGUCCUUGUGUUUGACAGCUUCUGGGAACAGCUGGUGAGAAGCCAAGGCCACGUUUACUGCUGUUAAAGGCCGGGCACGUCGCGGGUCCUUCGUCUGGAUGGCAGCCGUUUACUCAACUCAGACUUUUGUUCUACUUUCGUGGGACAUCUUGCCACUGUUUAUCAUUUUGAUCAGGAACAUAGAAAUGAAUCUGUAUUUUCCUCUGUCAGACUGUGUUGUGAUCUUGGGACAGAAAAAAAAAAUCUGUACUGAAAGGGGCAGGACAUCCACAUAUAUGCACAACACAUAAUACCAGUAAAAUUACCCAGAGAAAAUAUUUGAUUACACACACCAAAUCUAUACAGUUUCCCAGAAUUCUUCAGUAUUGUCCAGAUCUGUGGUAUGGUUAAGCUGUCUGGCAAUAGAGCUCUGUCAUGUCAUAAUGCUAAGAAACCUGUUAGGACCUGAAUAUUAAGUUGAACAUGGACUGGUCUGCAUGAGUUAAAGCAUGUUAUUAAUGGAAAUGCACUUCCCAUUACGGAACAGGGGCUACACGUGUGACCAAACUGCAUUCACGUGGUCAAGCAGUGAAAUCCUUAGGAAAAAAGCCUACUGCUUAGCAAGUAUUGCAGAUGACAUAAUUCAAGACCUUCUGAAGCCAUUUUUAUAUAAUGAACACUAAGCAUAAUAAUUUACAAGAUGCUUAACUAUAUAAGCUAACACAUACUGUAUAUAGGCACCACUGUAACUGAAAAUAAUUGAAAGAUCACAUGGUUUUCACUUGACCCACACAUUGUACUGAACUGAGGACGUAGAAUCGAUGGAGGAUGGUGGAAUUUUAGCAGUUUUGUUUUUUUUCAUGAAUGAAAAGCCUUAUUUAGCAUGUCACAUGACAGUUUAAUUUAAACUGAGUUAAGAGUGCAAUUUAGUAAGAAUUCUCCACAAGGAAAAAUAUCUAUAUUUUACGUCAGAGUUUUUUUUUUAUACAUGUAAUAUUUAUAAGCCAAUAGUAAUAUGAAACCAAGGAGCAUCUCAUAGAGUUUUUAAAAUCUGAUUUAAUUAUUUCAGAUUUGUUUUAAAAGCAAAUUAGAUAUAUUCUAUACUAUCUACAGCAUGCCAUAGUAUAUUUGUACGUAUUUUGCUCAAGCACCCACAAAAACAGACCUACAGGCCAUCAAAUUGUAGAAGGGAUUUUACUUCAUUGCCACUACUAAUUUCUCUGUAUUUCACAGUUUCUUGAAUACAUGCAAACAUGAUCAAAUCACCCAAAACCUUUUUUUUAAUUAUUUUUUGCUGACACAAGCUCAUUUUGUUUUAUUAAAAAUAUUCAUGUUUUCAGUGCAAUGUUGAGUACUGUCAUUGGAUGGUAAGCAGAGUAUGUAGUUAUUUUAACACAGAAUUUUGUAUUUAGAACAAGCUGCAUCCAGUAUAUAAAGCAAUUCAAUAUACUGUAUGCUUGUUAUGAUUCAAAGGAUACAUUUGCCGCCAAGAACAAAAAGCAUUUUCUAUAUUAUUUAACCUUUGUUCAUAGCCACUAGAGAAUUUUACCGGAAUGGUGGUCACCAUGUUGACUACAUAUCUUAAGGCGGAUUUAAAUAAUGCCAUGAAAAGCAGAGGUCCGUGACGAUAUUUAAACGUUAUUAGGAUCUUGUGUCUCAUUUUGAAAAAUCAAAUGUCUUUGAGUAGCUGGAAAUGUUUAAAUUUUAUCACAAAAAAGAUAAAUAUGUGUGCAUAAUAUUUUAUUUUCUAAAUGUGCUGCUUAUUUCAUGCUGCAGAUCCCGUUAUGCCCUCUCUCGUGUGGCCAAUGAGAUGCAGUCUAUUUUGUGCCUUGUCCCCUAGGUUGGGUUUGCUUCUGAUGGAACAUUUUGACUUACUGUGCGUAGAUGUGUGGUUUGUCACAGACCUGCACGUCAUUCGUUGAGUAAGGUCCUCGUUUCUGCCGUACCCUGAACCUUAAUUUUUGCAUACGCUGUGUAGAAAUGAACUGGCUUUGGCUUUGUGCAGCCCUCUUACCUCUUAAUGGCUGCGAUGUGUGGGCUUGUUAACCUGAGGUCGAGAAUAAGAUUCAGACAGGCUUAGGUGGAGCUGAGUACUGUGUAAUAUGAAAUCCAAACCUGUCAAAACAUGUCACAGUCUAGAAAUGGAAUCAUUUUAACUUGGUAUUUAAAGCUGAUUUCAAGUUCAUUUUUGUUGGCCAUUUUCCAAAGAAUACCAUUCUGAUGCCUUGAAUGAGUUCUUUUAUCUUUUUUUUUUUUACAUCUACUUGUCAUUUAUGUCCACGUGGUUCUCUGGUUUUGAACACUGAACAUGCUUGUAAAGGUAGGCCUAUUCAUUGUACGAUCACGCCUAAAAAUUCACGAUUAAGAUCAGUUGCAUUGAUCUCUCAAUCACGAGAAGUUUUUUUCCCCCCCAGUAACCAUUCAGCACAUUAAGUGCAACCUGGACGCCACCCAUCAGAAAGGAGCUGCAGAUGCGUUUAGUGCAAACAAGUGUAAAAAAGGCCCAGCAUGAGUGAUGACCAGCACGAGUUUAAACCCAACUUCAGAAUAACACAUUAAAUAGCUCAAGCAAGCCUUAAUAUAAAAUCAAAUUGUUCAUAUUUGCAUCAGCUCCGGCACUUAAUGUCAAUAACCAUUUAUCUUUUUAUUUAAUGAUUGUUAAACAUUUUUUUACUAAAGCCUUUACAAACAAAAAAAAAAUAUUUGACACUACGUUAUGUGUUAGAUUCUGGAAAAGCGGAAUAUAUCGAUUUUUAUUUCGAAGCAACUGGUUGCUAGCAUGUCGUCGACACCUGAAUGCCGUGAGUAUAGCAUUCGCUUACUAUGUAGCAUCUGUGUUGUUUGGCACUCGGAUCCAUGGGUACAUGGGAAAUGUACAAUAAAAAUUUGUACAUCACGCAUCACGGUUGUACGUUUCUUGCCCUGGGACAAUCUCGGGAUUUUUUUUUUGUAAGGGUUGACCAAUUUUUGUUUGUUUGCACUACUCAUACUAAUAAAUGUAAAUUUGCAGC